AUGCCACAAAAGAACUUCAGGGAUGCAAAGGAACACGAAAUCAAGUACGAUGCAAGUGGCAAUAGGAUAAAUGAUUAUGUGCCCGCAUACAUUACCAAAAGGCCAUGGUAUUAUAAUUCCGAAGCGCUGAAAGAUAAUUCAAAUUCUCGAAAGAGAAAUCUCAUUGAAGAACUUGAGAAGGAAACAACAAAGGAAAGAUUCAAACACCAAAGGAUUGACCCUGACGCGGAAAUUUUACCGAAUAAUUUACCAAAGAAAGGAAAAGGUAUCGUGGAUCAUGUUGAAACUGCUAAAACUUUGGAGGACCAAUCAGGUGUCUCCAAAGAGAAAGAGAUGACCGGUGGAUCAAUUGAAAAAAAUAGAAAUCAACCAUUUAGGUCACACAUACAGUCAAGCGGUAAAGUCAUAUGUAAAAAUUGUGGUAGUAGAAGGCAUCGCACAAGAGAUUGCCUCGAGAAGCCAAAAAAGAUCAGAUUUAAAUUUCGAACGCAUAGUAAUGGAGGACAAACAAAUGCUGAUGGAUUUCUGGUUAGAAUGGAUACCAAUAACUAUGAUGAAAAAAGAGAUAGGUGGCAUGGAUACGAUCCGAGUAAAGAUUACAGCGGGCAAUUGGAACAAAUGGAGCAGAAAGCCAAAACACUCGAGGAUAAAUAUAAAAGUGAUUUGGAAAAUCAGGAGGAUCAUAAAACAAAUACGUUUGAAGAGGAUGAGAUCGAGGAAAUGUUAGACUUGGGUCUAGUGGAUGAUGUUGAAGAGCUCAGAAGAAAGAAUAGUGAUGAUAAAGGUUCGUCAACAUUGUUGAUGCAGCAUAACCCUCUAGCUCUCGAUAAUGGUGCCAGAGUUCCUGUGAGAUCUUUGGAUGAUAAGCCUCAAUACUUAAAGGUGAUAAAAACUGGUGAGGAAUUGCGUUUCAAUCCGAAAUCAAGGGUGUACAAGGACUUGAAAAAGGGCUAUUUAAAUGGACGUGGUCAGUUUGUGCCUUAUCUGAAUGGUGAAGCGGCACAAUUUGAGAAAAUGAAAACGUUUACACAUGGAGUACAGAAGAACAGAGAAGAAAAGUGGGAAAAUGGUGAAAUUGAAUCGGUCACAGAUCUACAUUUUGCUGCAGAAGCUUCUCCAACUGCUGUAAUGCUUGCAGCAAAAAAGAAAGAAGAAGAGGUAAGUGAAAUGCGUGAAAAGAGGAGAAAGGAAUUACUUUUGAAAUACGGUGCUCUUGAUUAA